AUGUUAUUGGUAAAUAAACAAAAUAUUGUUAUGACACUUCCACUUGUAGAGGUCAUGGCAAUACUUUUCACAUAAAAAGGAAAAGACGGGCACGGAACGAUGCGUUUUUGGUAAUUUAUCACAGACCGAGAGAACAGUUGGACGGGCGAAAGGCGACGGGAUGCCGAAAGUUGCGUCCGAGCUUUUUUGUGGUCCUGUCAGCGCAGUCAUGUCGGGUGAGGAAGAUGGACCCCGCGCGCGCGUUUACUGGCGUUUCCCCCAAAUCUGGCAAAUUCCCGUUUUCUUCCGCCGCCGAGGAAUUGUUUGUUAUCUUUGGCCGAAUCCGGGUGGUUUGGCUGACCCUUUCUGAUUCGGACUCUCUUCAAACAAGUACUUUUACAUAACAUACAAAUAACUUUAUUGUUCUUUUGUACGGGUAUUGCUUUUUAACAGAAUUAGUCUCUCAACCUAUUAGAGACAUGACGAUUAAAGGUUGAUUUAAACAUAGUCAUUUGCACCAGUUUUUUAUCGCCUUAAGACCCAAAUCCGACGAUUAUGUUAUCCAUUGUGUAAUUGGGCCGUUCACAAAGUCUUUAAUGUGGAUGAUCAAGUUCGGACCAUCUUCCCCUUCCCUUCGCUUUGUUUUAUUUACUUAAAGUAGUGUGUUUAAGGUCCGACCUGGACUAUGGACGUUGGCCCAGAUGUGAAUGGACGUCCUGAGGAUAUGCGUGAGGACGAAGUUUCGGUGAGUUGGGGGGAAGGGCUCUUUUAUUACACUGGGCAUAUAAAGAAGCCAGUUGUCCUGCUCUCCUGGUUGUGACCUUUCCUCUUCAUCCACCUCAUCUUUGAGCCUUUCAGACCUCAGGCGACUAUCGCGUCAGUUGGCAGCUUUUCUCAGUGAACCUGCUCCGGGUAGGUGACCAUUUUUUAUUAUUAGUUUUUAAAUAUUGAUGAAAUCAAUUUUAAAUUCCGGUUUUAAUUUUUGUUAAUUAAUUAAUGAUUUAUUAUAUUUAAAAGGGUUCUGCUUGCAAAGGAAGUUCCCCUGAUUUUUAAGUUGUAAAGCUUUAAUAACAUUUUCGUAUUUUCUAAAUCCCCUUACAGUCUCGUGAUAACGGGUUUGGCAUCGGCAUCUCUGGUGGCAAGGACAACCCCAAUCUUGCGCGGCUAAAUGACUACAGUGACCUUGUAGUAGCCGAUCCCUCGAUUAUCGUAACCGACGUCUUGCCUCGAGGGCCUGCGGCUAACAUUGUAAAGUGAGUCUAUGUUAGAGGACAGUCAUUCACUCGUACAGUCUUCUUCUGCUUGUCUCCGUUUGAAAAUCCUGCUUUUAUUCUGACUUAUUCUCUACUGUAGUUCUCUUUGUACAAUUUUUUUGCAGGGAAAACGAUCGGAUUAUUGCCGUAAAUGGUGUUUCUCUAGAGAAUGUGGAUUACAUUACUGCAGUAAAUGUUAUGAAGAGUUCAGAUAGAUUGAAUAUGAUUGUAAAAAGAAGAAUUCCGCUUCCCUGCCUCGAGUACGAACAGAGAACACUCAAAUUCACGUUGUCCAAAUCACGAAAAAAAGACGGUAAUUGCCAUACAAUGUAUCUCUGAUGUUGAAUACUUUAUAUUUCAGAUUUUGGAAUUGUUCUUGGAUGUAAAUUUUACAUUAAGGAGAUUAAUAAUCCCAAAUUGGCAGAGAAAGAGCCAGGCCUCAAGGAAAACGAUAAUGUCCUCAGAAUCAAUGGCCAAUUACUGGAAGGGCUCAGUCUGGACGAAGCCACCAGAUUACUGCAAAGGUCAAGGGAGAAACUCUCAUUGGUUGUGCAGAGGGAUGUAAAAAGAGGCACGGCCGGCUCACGGUGGCCGAGUCAGACAACUGUGAGUUUUCCCAAUCUGGUUGCGACAUUAAAUGUGGUAUUUUUUCAGGUCUACGAAAGGUUGGGAAGUGUGCCAAUAACUCCGAGACAAAGCCCAAUCCCUGCCACGUAUCAUCAUGACGCUCACGUCUCACGGAAAGACGACAUGGAAUUAGGAAAGCGGUAAGAAAAGACGUUGAUAAUCAAUAGAGCUCAGGUAUUCGGAGCCGAUCGGAUCCGAAUAUUUCAACCAGCACCCCACGCCUUCCCAGAACGCUCUUCUUAAUCGAGGGCGGACCUCUUCUCAGACUCCUUCAACCUGUUCGUCACCUCGAUUAAAUCAUUUCCCAAUUGUGCCACAGGCAUCUUCUGUGAUAACUGAUAAUUCUGAAAAGCCCGGAGAGACCGUGCGCUUUAAGAAAACAGGGUCCACCUCCCUUGGGAUCCGGGUAAUUGGAGGAAAUCAAGUUGGAAUCUUCGUUUCCGCGGUUCAGGAGGACUCUCCUGCAGCAAAAAAUGGGAUACGGUAACUCAUAAUGCAAUGUAUAUAAUCUGAAUCAUGUUUUAGUGUAGGUUGUCGAUUAAAUGAAGUAAACGGACAAUCGUUCAAAGGGAAAACAAGAGAAGAAGCAGUGGAAAUGCUUCUGAAUCUUGCUGACGAUGUUACUGUGAAGUAUGAAAACAGUUUGGAUGACUUUUAUCUUGUCAAAAACUACCAAUUGGGCGACAGUUUUUAUAUUAGGCAAGCACUCACAAUGUUAAUCAAUGCCUUUUAGAACGUUAUUCUCGCAUUUAAAGAAAACUAUGAAGAACGAAGUUUGUUUCUCCGAAGGAGACAUCUUCCAUGUAACGGAUACAUUACACAACGGAUCGGUCGGUAUGUGGCAAGUUCAGAAGGUUUACUCCUCGCUCGAUCAAGACCAAAAGCCCGAGGAAAUGCAAGGAGUUAUUCCGAAUGCCAGGAAGUAAGUCGUGGGAUACCCAUCGAAAGGAGCCUGUACCCCCAUCCCUAUCCAGGCCAAAAUAAGUUCAAUUUUUGUAAUGGGUUUCGUAAGGCUUUUCAUUUGGAUAAUUUCCCAAAAUUGAUUUUUCGCUUUCUCAAACAGAGCCUCUUGAUUCAAAAUUUUUCUUUAAAGUGUUUGAUUUUAGCGCCGACGUCUUGGCCAAACAAGAAACGGCAGACUACUCAACAAUUAGCCGAACUUUAUUCCGGAAGCGAGUUGGGCCUAAGAAGAUCAAGCCCGGAGAUGCCCAGACUAAAGCCGAGCUUGGACUCCCUGCUUACGAACGGGUCGUCCUGAAGAAACCCGCCUUCAAACGACCUCUUGUUAUAUUCGGCCCUCUUGCUGAUGUCGCUCGUCAGUUGUUGCUCACAAACUUUAGGCCUUACUUUCAAGCAGUUGAUGAAGACGGUCCUAUUAGGAUCUCGGCCAUCAAUCGCAUUAUAGAAUCGGACAAACAUUGCGUCCUCAACAUUGGCCCGUGCUCCGUGGAGAAGCUACAAGCCGCCCAAUAUGCGCCCAUUGUCAUCUUGAUUGACGUGGACUCGAGAAGUAGAAUACGGGAGUUAAGAGCGAAGGCGGGAGUAGCCACAAUCUCGGCCAGAAAGCUGUUAGAUUACUCCACCAAGAUCAAGAAGCAUUACUCCCACCUUUUGACGGCCACCUUGGACGCGUUGAAAGAAGAUGGCUGGUUCGAUGCCCUGAGGAUGCUGAUCGUCCAUCUCCAGGACCGACGCGUGUGGAUCCCCGAAGUCGCUCAUUUCCCAGCAGACGAGGUCGUCCUCUUUCCAAAUCUGUCAGAACAAGAUGACAUUUCUCGAAGUGAUUAUGGUGUUCUGGGAACCAAAAGUCCUACAGAAUCCCCCAGAAUGAUGUCUUCUCUUACCUCGACACCUAUGUCUGGCCAUCACAACUUUGUCUAUCUGGGUGAUAACGAGUUGAAUCAAGACUCAAAAAAUAAUCUCCUAAAUGAAGUAAGAUACGACUGAUCUUGUUUGAAGAAUUUAUUAAGGUUGAUCCGUGCGCAACGCAAGUUCCAGUCAAUGGAAAGAACAAAAACGAUCUUUACUAUCAACACUCUAAUGGGGAUAAUCGCCGAAUUCUGGCUCAGGAUCAAGCGGCACGCCUAAAACAACCCGAACAAAAACCUCCCAGCAACGGAGUCCCUUACAUAGACGGUAAUUAUACUUAUUUAACGCUUCUGUACUUCGAAAACUAAAUUAUUUUUUUGAAAGGCCGCUUAGAAGGAAAGUAUCUGGGGACUCAGCAACUCUGUGGGGAAAAUAACGGCGAGUCGUCGCAGCAAAAUGUUUCACCUCGUUGAAAGAAUGGUGCAGUCGCGCGCCGCCUGCGGAUAGCGUCGCAGAGCGACGAUGGGCUAUUCCAAGGCGCGACGAUUUUCCCGACAGACUAAUGCUCCAAGUGAGACGUUCAGAUUUUCUCCAAAUUUUCUAACCAUGCUAGGCGUAGGGCACAUCAAUUUCUGAAAGUUUUAGCUCGCGCUUUGCAGGCGCAUCCGAUGGCGCUACAGCGUUUCGGGUCAGGCCGAGCUCGGGUCAACGACGUUUCCGGUAAACGAUACCGUUUUAUAGGUAAUCGGGGGACUAGGUCUGAACGACCUGACGAAUUUUGAAAUGUUUUCGCUUGGGGACAGGAAAAGAAACAUUUUUUGCGGUGAAUUGAACCAAAUUUGAAAUGUUUUCGCUUCGCGACUGGGAAAAAAGGAAUGGAGAGAUUUACGUACGUGUUAUUUGCGUACAAUCAUUACGGCUAUAUUCUUACCCCACCCUCUGGCACGCCAAUUUGUUUUUGAAGAAAAAUUAAAUCGAAAUUUUCUGAAACAAAAAUGGGCCUUUUUUAAAAUUCGUACAGAUUAUGAAAGCCCAUACUUCAAAGUGGUUGAACCUGAACUCUACCCCUUUUCUGAACUUUACCCCUUUUUCAACUCUACCCCUUUUUCAACUUUACCCCUUCAGAACUUUACCCCUUUUUCAACUCUACCCCUUGAAUGAACUUUACCCCUUUUUGAACACUACCCCUCAUUUUGAAAAUUGAAAAAAUGAGGUGUGACACCUUAUACGAUGAAAAUUUUUUUCAAAUUGAAAAUAAUGAGGUGUGACACCUUAUACGAUGAAAAAUUUUUUCAAAUUGAGAAAAAAUGUCACACCUUAUUAUUUUCAAUUUGAAAAAAUUUUUCAUCGUAUAAGAUGUCACACCUGAUUUUUCUCAAUUUGAAAAAAUUUUUCAUCGUAUAAGAUGUCACACCUUAUUAUUUUCAAUUUGAAAAAAUUUUUCAUCGUAUAAGAUGUCACACCUGAUUUUUCUCAAUUUGAAAAAAUUUUUCAUCGUAUAAGAUGUCACACCUUAUUAUUUUCAAUUUGAAAAAAAAUUUCAUCGUAUAAGAUGUCACACCUGAUUAUUUUCAAUUUGAAAAAAUUUUUCAUCGUAUAAGAUGUCACACCUUAUUUUUUCAAUUUUCAAAAAGGGGUAGAGUUCAGAUUUUUUGGCGAAGAUCAAAAAAGGGGUAGAGUUCAGCCUUUUUUGGGGUAGGGUUGAAAAAGGGGUAAAGUUCAGAUUGGGGUAAAGUUCAGAAAAGGGGUAGAGUUCUGCCGCAACGCUUCAAAGUGUAAUGGUUCCUAAAAUUAGGAUGAUCCUACGUUUAAAAACUCCCAUUUUGACGAAACGCCAAAACUUCCAUCAGACUAGGAUACUAUAAUGUCCGUAAUACCAUCGUUAUCUGCCUAGCUCAAUCCGUGGCAAAAUUUACUUUUGAGUUUGGUGAUGCCCUUUUCAAGCGCAGCUUGGAAAGAUACAACAAACUAAGCCAAACGUUUUAACAAAAAUGUGCCAGAGGCCUCUGGUACUGUCAGUGUUUAAAGUUUCAUCAAAAUCUGAGCGUCGCACUUGGGGUACUUCCCAUGUUAUGUAGAUGAACCAUUAAAAUGUUCGUGGAAAAAAUAAAAAUGAGGUAGUAAUGGUAAUUUAAAAAUUCGAAGUUGGGCGGGUUUAGAAUACGCGAUUUUUUUCUCGUGUUCGGGUAAUUUUAGGCAACCACGUUGACCGUGAUGAUGACCUAGGCCUUUUUGGCGGAGCUUUUUUGCUUACUCGGGAAGUGUACAAACUUACCCUCACCAAAUAACAAGUGUUAUAUACCGUUCGAAAGCCCUUGAAAAGUAGUGUUAGAAACUACUUUCAGUUUUUGCAGAAUGCCUCAGGACGAAAAAUUAUGAGCGGUUGAUUUGUACGUUUAUUAGUUACAAAAUCUGAUAUGGGGCAAAAUAAAUGUUACGCAAAAUGUUACGUGGUUCACUUGGCUUCAAGUGAGAGCUCCUAACAAGCGCGGGCUCGCGGGGAUUUUUGUUUUCCUUAACAUCUUUAUCAUCGCAAAAAAUAUUAGCGUGCGUGUAUUAACACUCUGGUUUCAGAUCAAGACAACAACGCAGCCCCGGAGACAACGUCAAGCCCACAUAAAGUAAUAGACGAGGUAUACGCCGUGCUUGAUUGGAACGGCGGCACAGUCAGAUGUCCCGAGUCUGGAGUCGAACUCAUUCUCCCGGCCAUGGCUUUGUCCUUUGGGAAGUCACAGAAAUUAUUUAUAAAGGUUAUCGAAGAACAAUCUCAGUCCGAUGAAGACAUUUUAAGUCCUAUCGUCACCUGUGGCCCUCAAGGCCUUCAAUUUAAUCGACCGGUCGAACUACGCCUUCCUUACAAGGCCAACCGGGAUCCCAAAAACAACAAUAUUUUGGAUGGAAUGACGCAAUUUGUACUAAAGACGGGUUCCGAGAACACCUGGAAGAAUAUCGAGUUGCUCGAACCACCAGUCCAAAACACUCAGAACAAUUACAUCUCCGUGUUCACGGACCAUUUCUAG